AUGUAAUUUGAAUUAGAUAAGAGAAUGUGUUCAAGACAUAAAUUAGAAAUAUUGACAAUAGAUUUAAAGUAGUCUACAGCUGAAGAGGAUAAAUACCUUUGUAUCAAAUGUUUAAUGGAGAAGAUUGAUAUUUAGAAUAUGGCUUUGGUUGAAGAUACUAAGACUAUGAUUAAAUAAAUGAGAAAUGAGCAAUUGAAUUAUAAACUCAAAGAAUAUUAAAGAAAGAUUGAAAAUUACAGGGAAAUUCAAUCCUAAGUAAAAGAAUUGAAAUUAUCAAUUAAUAAUACCUUAGACAAAGUUUAAUGUAAUCUAGAUUAGAAAAUAACUUAAAUGGAAAAUAAUUUAGAGUAAUCAGAAUCGAAAAUUUAUGUUUCUUCUUUUGAAGAAGAUGUAAGAGUUUUAUCAAAGAAUUACAAAGGAUCAUUCAGGUUUGAAAUCCCUAAGGAAUUUGGUAUAUCUAUAGAUGAUAAUUCAUAUAUUGAUUCAAUUUAAUAGUAAUUGCAAUUAAUAAUUAAAUGUCCAAUUCUUAUAUAAAUUAAUGAAAACUUAGAAAAAACUAAAGUAGAUAUGGAAUAUUCAGAAAUAUAAUAACUCUAAUAAUUUUGUCGGAAGUAUGAAAACCCAUAAGUAAUUAUUAAUAUAUAUAUUUAAAUUAGAAAACACCAAGUUUGAAGAUCUAAUGUAAUAACCAUGGAAAAGAAAUUAUAAUGUUUAACUUAAAUCCUGAGAAAACUUAAUUAUCAAGAUUAGCUUGUGUAGAAUGUAUUUAAUCAAAUGAUCCAAUUAAAUAUACAACUAUAAGUGAUGCUAAUUAUAAAUGGAAUGAAUAUUUAGGAUAAACAACUGAUUAAGUUAAGCAAUUUUAGAAUGAAAGAUAUUAGAAAUCAAUAUAAAUCAUUAGAAUUUUUGAAGAUAUUAAAGAAAAAUAUAAUUCUACAAUAUCAGAAAUAAUCAAUAAGGUAAAUACUUAAUAUUCAAUGUUUUCUCAAAAUGAGAUAAAUGAAUUUAAUGAAAACAUAAUUUAUUAAAUCAAUAUUGAUUAAGUUAAUGAAUUAACAGAAAUAUUAAGUUAAGCAGACAAAUUCCAAGCAUUAAUUGAAAAGUAAUUUAAUAUAAAAACACAAGACCUUAAUUAACUGGAAGUUAUUUCAAAUAAUUUAGGAAAACUAUUAUAAAAUGAUUUAUUAGCUACUCAUAAGAUUAAUAAGAUCAUAAAGGAAUACAGUUUUAAAUCUGCUGAUGCAAAAAUGUAAAAUAAUGAAAUUCUACAAAAUGAUAAUCACAUUUAAAAUCAAUAAUCAAUUAAGUAACUUAAUUUAUAAGUGCAACAUCUUAAGAUAUAUUAGGAAAUCUUAAAUGAAACUUUACAUUAGUAUAAUUAAAUAAUACUAUCAAUAAAUAAUUUAUAGACUGAAUUUAAAGAUGUGUAAUUAUAACAAGUACAAUUUUAUUAAUUUAAUUAGUUUAAUCAAUAUGUAUAAUAAUUAGAAAAAGAUUUUGGUUUAAUGAUAAAACUAACCUAAUUUGAUAAAAUUUAAGAUGAACUAAAUUAAAAUAAGCAAGAUAAAGAAUCCUUAUUAUAUUAAAUUACAUAAAAUGAAAAGACUAUUUAAUUGAAUGAAUAAAUGAUAAUUGACUUUAAGAAGCAUGAUGAACAAUAAAUUAAGAUAAUUUAAGAUCUAAAGAAUCAAAAACAAGAAUUGUCAAUUAAACUAAAAGAAUUUGAGUAAUAAAGUAAAAAUACAUUAAUUUCUUAUAGAAAUAUCCUUUGAAGUUAAACUUUAAGAAAAGGAAGGAGGCUUAGAAAAAUGCUAAUUCUCAAUUCAAAAGAAUGAAGAAAUUGUUAAAUAAUUAAAAUAAACUUUGGUAUAAUUAAUAUAUUUAUUAGAAGUAGGUUUAUAUAUUCUCAAAUUAACUAACUUUCUCAACAACUUAUAAGCAUAAUGCUGGUUCAGUAACUUAGAAUGGAAAAGUUAUUGAGAAUGCAUCUGGUGCUUGGUGUUGUUGUAUGUGUGAUUAAAUGAUUCCUAAGAAUGGAGUGAUCUAAUUUGCUUUAAAAUUAUUGAAAUAAGUUCUAUUAUGAUUGGAAUUGGUUUUAGGGAUAUUGUUUGGAGUAGGAAAUAUUUUAAUUGUUUUAAUAUUGGUGGAGGGUAUGUGUUAUGAUAUUAAUAGUUUAAAAUAGAACAUAUAAUAUAUCUUAUCCAGGUAUUUGUUACAAUCAUGAUUAAUAAGAUAAAAAUGAUAAGAAAAUAGCAUUUCCAUUUUCAACAAAUGAUAUCAUAAUUGUAGAAGUAGAUAUAGAAAAGAAGUAUGUGAAAUGGACAAAGUAAU